AUGGAGAAACCUUCGAUUGCCGAAGCCGUUGCAUUCUUUGAAAAGCUCUGGGGCUUGGAACAACAUCUGUGUACAGCGCGAUAUCAUUUGUUAAAACUACAACAACUGAGUGGUGAAGGUAUCAAUGAUUUUAUCUCCCAUAUACAUCAGGCUAUCCCCGAAUGUUGGCUUUUGUUGAUUCAACCGCAACGUACUGAAGAAACCAUGCAAAUUGAUUACCUCAUUGGUGGUGUCUCGGACUAUCUAACACGGGAUAAGCUACCUUCGAAGGAUUCAGGACAACUCAUACGGGAGAGAGUAUGUAGUAUCACACGUCAGAGGGAACUGAUUAUUCAAACCAAUCGCGUUUAA